CCGUGCAUGCAACUCUCUCCGUUCCCUACCAGUUCUUUAGUAUUGGAAAUCACAGCUGUUACGAAAGGCACUAGGGUGCCACCUACGCGCUGAUGCCCCGAGUGCUCACAGGGCUCCCAGCUAACCAUGCUGCACCUACCUUGGCGCUGCCCCUGCUACUACUAUUACCGCUGCUGGUGUGGACCCCGCUCCCAGUUAGCGCGAGGCGGUCCGCAGGCACUGAUUACCUGCGGCGAGGCUGGCUGCGGCUACUAGCCGAGGGCGAGGGCUGUGCUCCCUGCCGGCCAGAAGAGUGCGCUGCGCCGCGGGGCUGCCUAGCAGGCCGGGUGCGCGAUGCGUGCGGCUGCUGCUGGGAAUGCGCCAACCUGGAGGGCCAGCUCUGCGAUCUGGACCCCAGCGCCAACUUCUACGGGCGCUGCGGCGAGCAGCUCGAGUGCCGGCUAGACGCAGGCGGUGACCUGAGCCGAGGAGAGGUGCCGGAACCGCUGUGUGCCUGUCGCUCUCAGCGCCCACUGUGUGGUUCCGACGGCCGUACCUACGCGCAGAUCUGCCGCCUGCAGGAGGCCGCCCGCGCUCGGCCCGACGCUAACCUCACCGUGGUGCAUCCAGGUCCCUGCGAAUCGGAACCCCAGAUCGUGUCACCACCUCACAAUAUUUGGAAUGUGACUGGGCAGGAUGUGAUCUUUGGCUGUGAGGUGUUCGCCUAUCCCAUGGCCUCCAUCCAGUGGAGGAAAGAUGGCCUGGACAUCCAGCUGCCAGGGGAUGACCCUCAUAUCUCUGUACAGUUUAGGGGUGGACCUCAGAAGUUUGAGGUGACUGGCUGGCUACAGAUUCAGGCUUUGCGCCCUAGUGAUGAGGGCACCUACCGCUGCCUUGCCAGGAAUGCCCUGGGCCAAGUGGAAGCCUCUGCUACUCUGACAGUGCUCACACUAGACCAGCUGAACGCCACAGGAUUCUCCCAGCUGCAAUCAAUGAAUUUGGUUCCUGAGGAGGAGGCAGAAAGUGAAGAUGAUUACUACUAGGUCAGGAUCUCUGAAUUGUG